CUCGAAACACAAACCGAUGAUCGUGAGGUGAGAUCUGACAUCAUCUCAACGGAAGUUCUGCGGCUGUUUAUAUUUCCUUGCAGAGUUUCACGUAUACCUAGGCUAAUUAUAACUUGAAACUGUGCAAUAUGAUGCGUCAUGGACACGGCCAUACCUGGAAUUAAGCUUUCGAAUGUAGAAUAUCUUAAUUAUGUAUCGAAUUAUAGGCCGUGAAUGCGUUCUAAAAUGACGAUUUUCCGUGCUUGAAUCAACAACGCUUUGCAGAAUAAGAGAAAGAGAUGAAAGUAUCGGACAACUUUGCACGGUAAACGGGUUUUUGAAGUACGGAACUGUUACAACGGUCAUAUCGCACUGAUCAAAUUCAAAGUACAGAAAUGGAUUCAAGGGAUUUAACCAAGGAAGAGACGAAGAGUGUCCAGGAAUAUUGCCUAAGGGUCGAUGAGUACCUCGAAGCAUUCAAAAGAUGUCGAGAUCUGAAGGCUCUUACAAAAAACGACGAGUGGAUGAUUUUCAGAAGCAUCGCGGACUUGCCAACAAGAACUGUCAAAGCAACCAUUUCCAAAACGUUAGCACCUCGCGACGAGAUCUUUGAAGUGUUCUCCCUAGCGUGGAUGAGAGGGGUACAUGACAGGAAGUCGUCUACGACUGACACUACCAAGAUCUCGGGAUUGUUGACGGGAUUUGCACAGACUGCCGGACUUUCUGAUGAAAUGAGUCUCGCCUUCGGCAAGAAGGGUCUCCUGAGGAUGGUCUUAGAAGAUCUGAAGACUGGAAAGCUGGACGAUGAUCUGAAGGUGACUGGCGUGGGCAUCGUUUACCAUUGCUCCUGGAGAGUCCCCAAGAACUGCACCAUCUGCAGAGAAUACCUGGACACCUUUCACAAACUGUCACAGUCUGGACAACCCGCUAUCCAGGCGAAUGCCUUCUUGAUACUCUCCUACAUCGCCGAUGCCAAGUUGGAAGCACAUAGAUUGGCCCUCAACGAGCCAUCCGUGAAGUACCUGAUGGCCCAAAUGAAGACGUCUUUAAGUAAGUCAAAGAAGAAGUCUCCAGGUUACACGCACUACUCUGCGUUGGAGAUUAGCAAAGGCUUGCAUCAGCUGGCAGCCGAUGAAAAGAACAAAGUGCUCCUGGCUGAACUCGGCGGGAUCGACCUACUCCGUCGGAUCCUUGUGGAAGUGAGCUCCAGUGAUGAGGAGAGACUUUGGGCGGCUCGAGGAAUAUGGCAACUGGCGAUAAAGGAGGAAAACAAAGCCAAGAUUCGCCAUGUCAAAAACAUCUUUACAACAUUGAAGAGGAUUAUGAAAACGACGUCGAAUCUUGGUCUCCAAGAAGCAUGCUCAAGAACUCUCACCCUCAUCAACGAUGUCGUUGAAUGCGAAGACGACGCCUCAAAUAAUUCCAGUUCGCCUUCAUCACACGAUGGGGCAAGCGGCAAAUCACCGAAGAUCGACAUCGGCUCUUCUCGGAAACCUUCGGAAGAUGGACACAUAAUGAUCAGCUACCAAUGGGAUAGUCAGAAGAAGGUGAUACAAGUGAAGAAAUACUUAGAGAAGCAAGGCUACAAUGUCUGGAUGGACGUGGAUAAAAUGCAAGGAAAUAUACUAAAUAGCAUGGCAUUAGCGGUUCAGAAUGCUUCUGUUGUACUCAUCUGCGCAACCCAGAAGUACAGUGAAAGCCAAAACUGUCGCACCGAAGCACAAUAUGCAUACAAGCAGAAGAAGGACAUAAUACCGCUGAUGCUUGAAGAGGGAUUCGAACCUAGGGACUGGCUAGGCGCUCUGAUUGGGAUGGAGAAAUACUUCCCAUUGUAUUCGGAUGAACUCAUGAAAAAGACCCCACCGGAAAUAAUUAAAGAAUUGGGCGACAGGGGUAAAUGGGAGAAAAAUAAAGUUUCAUCGUUCGGUGACGUCACUAAAGGAAAUGCAAAAGAUGUUCGAAAGGCAGAAGUUGACCCCAGAUCCUUGCCAGGAAAAGGAAUGACAGACAAAGGACAAACAGACAAGACAAAGACACAAACAGACAAGACAACUACGGCAAAAACAGACAAGGCAAAGACAAGCAAAGGACAAAAAGAUAAAACAAAGACAGACAAAGGACACACAGAUAAGACAAUGACAGAAAAAGGACACACAGUCAAGAUAAAGGUAGACAAAAGACAAACAGACAAAGAAAAGGCAGAAAAAGAACAAAUAGACAAGACGAAGGCUGACAGACAAACAGACAAGACGUCAAAGACAGACAAAGGACAAGCAGACAAGCCCAUGUUAGACAAAGGAAAGGCAGACAAGGAACAAACAGACAAGGCAUUAUCAGACAAGACAAAAACCGGCGAGGAACAAUCAGACAAGGAAAGUAAUGAUGUUUCCAGCAUGCAUAAAAUGCUGACCGUCGUCAAAGCAGCUAAAGUACGUCUUCUCGAUCGCCCGUAACAUGCAAAUUGAAAUAAGUCUAGCUUGAAAAAAAAAACAAAAAACUCUCAAGCCAGUUAUCUCAGCCAGUGUAUAAUUCCUUCCCCAUGACAGCACCUCUGAAAUUCUGGAAGGUGUGACAAACUGGAUAAAUGUAACCAAAAUGCCCUUCAAUUUGUAGUGAAAACUUUUUAAAAUGUUUUUAUUACAUUUUUUGUUAAAUUGACAUCAGCACCGUCAGUAAAAACAAAUCGUUCCCAGAGACUUGUAAUCAUGGCAUAAGCAUGUUGAAGGGUAGUCUACUGUGCAAACCCUUCACUCGUGUGAUAGGGUCUGAAUGUGCAGCCUACUCAUACCUUGUGUACUGAAGGCCC